AUUGCAUUGUGGGUAUGUUGGCAAGGAAAUUCCCGAUGGCGUCGUAAGAGAUCAAAUUGCAUCGAAAGUUUACAAAUGUUUGUGUCUGGAUUUUUUUUAUGCGAAAAUUUUGAACUUAAGUUACAUAUUUGGAUUUUCUUGGUGUGUAAAACCAUAAAUUACAGAAUGUAAUUUUUCAGAAGGAUAAGUUGUAAUUUACUGUAGACUCGGAUAUCGGUCAUCCAUACUUCAUCUUGUUCAGCUGUAAACAAUUACUUUCACUGCUUAACAGCUGUUUCGGAAAAAUCACAGAUGAAAGGAUGUGUAGCACAAACUUCUAGUCGUUGUUUGAAAUGAAAAACAAAUACAGAAUUUAUUGCAUUAUGUAGGAUAGUGAACAUAUUUUCACAGUACCGGGCACCAAUAAUUUUCAGUUUAGGUUUGAUACAGAGUGGCCUGUGACCCCCAGGUGUGAUGUGAUGAACAAGUACGAAAUAGUAGGGGUAGUAGGUGAAGGUGCCUACGGUGUCGUAUUGAAAUGCAAACAUAAGGAAACUGGUGAACUUGUUGCUGUUAAGAAAUUCAAAGAUGGAGAAGAAAAUGAUGAUGUACGGAGGACAACAUUACGAGAACUCAAGAUGUUGCGUUCCCUCAAACAGGAGAAUAUUGUGGAACUUCGAGAAGCUUUCAGGAGGAAGGGAAAGCUCUAUCUUGUCUUUGAAUAUGUUGAAAGGAAUAUGUUAGAGCUGCUUGAGGAGCAGGCAAAUGGUGUAGCUCCGGAGAAAGUUCGCAGCUAUACAUACCAGUUGUGUAAAGCUAUACACUGGUGUCACAGCAAUGAUAUCAUACAUAGAGACAUAAAACCAGAAAACUUACUGAUUAGUAGUACAGACACACUGAAAUUGUGUGAUUUUGGUUUUGCUCGCACUAUAAAUGGAGGAUCUACAGGGGUGUAUACAGACUAUGUGGCCACAAGAUGGUACAGAUCUCCAGAGCUUCUACUUGGAGCACCUUAUGGAAAAGCUGUAGAUAUUUGGUCAAUAGGUUGUAUUCUUGGUGAACUAGCAGACGGUCAGCCAUUGUUCCCAGGGGAAAGUGAGAUAGAUCAACUCUAUGUCAUACAGAAGAUUGUCGGACCACUUCCUCCUGAUCAGAUGAAUCUCUUCUAUAAUAAUGCUAGAUUCUCAGGGCUUAAAUUUCCCUCUGUAUCGAAACCUCGCAGUAUUGAGAAACGAUACCACGGUAUCCUUAGUAGUGUAAUGAUAGACUUCAUGAAUCAAACUCUAAGACUGGAGCCAACAGACCGGUUUUCAAUAGAGGAAUGUUUAGAUCAUGUGGCAUUCCAAACUGAACGUCUUCUGAAUAGAAAUCAUGUACCAGUCAAACAUAUAGACUCUUAUACCACCAGUAAGAAACGCAAAAAUGACUUCAGUGAUCAUGUAAAUAGUGAAAAUUUGAAAAAUCUGACAGUUCGCUCAGGGAAACAAAAGGGAUUAUUACCUGACCAAAGAGAGGAACAGAAUGAGGAAAAAAUGGAUGUAUCUGAAGGAGAGAAAAACGUCAUUCAUCCUACGUCACAGAGUAAAUACAUCAAGCAAGCUAAAAAUGCCUCAUCAAAGGCAAAUGCAGAGAAAAUGGCAUUAAAUGCAAUACGUGAGAAAAUAGAACAAGAAAAAAUAAGAGUGGAUGCUGUAAUUGAAAAACAGGAACAAGAAACGCAUAGGAAAGAGCGAACUCGGACUCCGGGAAAAUCUGCGACUCAACGUAGAUCCCAAAAGAGUGCUUCUAAUUAUACUGUAGUGGAAAAUUCUAAUUAUAGUGAAGAAGAACCUCGGCAGGGCAAAUCAUAUAUAGAUGUUUCUAAUAGGCACAUUAAUACCCAGUAUAACUCUGCUUUUCCGGAUUUUAGGUCACGUGAUUUAGUUGAAGGAAAUAAAGAAGUUAAAAUGGAAGCUGAACAUGAUAAUGAGAAAUAUGCCGAAAAUGAUGUUGAAAUGGACAACACUCAUAGUGAGUCUAAAUACAUAAAGCGGAAACAUAGUUCUAAAAAUGUGACUGAUGAUAAACAGAAGUUAAAAAGUAAAUCCCCCGAGCCAAUAGUUCUAACCCCUAGGGAGCCUCCCUCAAAUGCACGGACAAACACGUUUACUGUGAAUUUAGAGGCUCCUUAUAAUCAGGAACAGGAUAAUAGUCAUAAACAGGCAGACAGUCCUGAAAGGAAAAAGUUCCUGGACAAGACGUUACAGCAAGAGUUACAGAGGAUCAAGUCCAGCACCAUGAGACAGAAGAAAAAUCAGGAACAGCAACAACAACAAAAACAGGAAGUCGCGUUUGUAAGAACAAUCACAGAUAGAUUAUCUGAUGCCAAGUUACAGAAUCAAGAUGGUGUAAACAAUAAGUACAACAGAGAUCGUUCUGAUCGUGACAGUAACAACUAUGGCGGAGGAUACAACAUGAAGGAUACACGAACACGCAACAAAAAUCAGUACUACGCAGACGGUCCGCAGAUGGUGAGAGAAUCGAGUUUCUACAACUCGGAUGGCUCACGACGAAUGUCAGUGGAUGACGGCAGAAAAAGUGUUUAUCGUUCCUCGUCCGUCUGUUCAUUCACAAAUAACAAGACUCGCAGGGACUCUAUAUCAUCAGUUGAAUCGGGGACAGACCUUGGUUUUCAUCGAGAGCAUGGCAACAUUAGUGUGGGCGGUCCACCAGUCCAGACAAGAUCUCAUACCAAGUAUGUGAAUGUUCAGCCAUACUACACUGAUGGUCAGGAUAUGUACCAUACACGACAGCAAGGAUUGCGCCAAGACUCAUCCUGGAGGGAAAACAGUGAGUGGCAUACAUCAGGGACUAUGUACCAACUUGCAAAGAAGAAAAAGAAGAAGAAAAUCGUGCAGAUACUGAUGGAUAGAGACAAUGAAAAUGUUGGUAGAGCAACACCAUCCCGGCAUUACAUUAAUCCAUCACGAGCUUCACGUAUGGAUUAUGAUCAUGAAGAGGAGAUGCCAGAUGGACAGGUGUCUGCCCGGGAGCCGCUACAGAACAGGGAAACUUACAUGUCAAAAGAUGCUGAUAACCGAGACAAGCCACAGUUCGCUAAGCAGACAAUGGCACUCAGAAAAAUGACUCAAACUCCUGUAGACAAGGCAGCAAGGCUACAACCAAUCAGCAAGACAUACGGAAGUAGAGCGGGUAGUCAGACAGGACAUUAUUUAAAUCCUGAAUCUGUGUGGCCAUAUCAAGGUCACAGUAAAGAGUCUGAUAGUCGCUAUCUUGCGUCAGUGUCUGGUACAGACAUACGUUCUGGCUGGAUGUCGAGACCUCAGUCAGUGUUAGGGGAUGAUAAUGACACAUAUAUGCCCAGUCCCAGAGAGGCUGACCUCAAGCCUAUAAAAAGCGGGAGGUCACGAUAUGCUGACAUGCGUGGAUUGAGGGAUCCCAAUUCUUGAUUGCCAUAACAUGACAAGGAAAUGUCACUUGCUUUAAAUGCAGUGCUUUCAGUUUAACAAAAAUUGAAAAAGAUCAUGAAUCUGUGAUUCACCUAUUUUACCUAUCAUAUAGCAGUUGUCCAAAUAAAAAUAUCAAUUGAUUUUUCAAAGACUUAUUUUUUCUGUUAAAUAAGAAACAUGCCAAUGGUUGUUUUUGAAAUAUUAUAGAAUGCACUGCAAAUAAUUUUAUAUCAUUCUAUGUGUUCAAAUUUUUUUAUAAGCUUUCAUCUACAGAGUUACUUUAAGUUAAUCAUGUGAUCAAUUUAAAGUCACAUGGUCUUGGUGUAUUGGUCACUUGACCUAGUCUUUAUCUGCCAAAGAUUUCAUGUAGUUCUGCGAACUACCAAAGUAUAUGUUUGUAAAAAUAGUUGUUAAGCCUAUAUAUAUCUUGAGUGUAGUCUCUAGAAUUAUGUUAUGUGUAUUCAUAGAUAUAAUCUCCCGUGUCUUUUUGUAUACAAUACUCCAACGUGACAAAUAUUUAUAUUAUCAGCAUAUAUUUCGUAAUGUAAAUCUUCCAUUUAUGUUUUAGUUAAUUUUGGUUUUCUCCUGUUCUUGUGGUCUGUCACAGUUAUGGUGUUUUGUUUUUUUCUAAAUGUAAAUCCAUAUGCAAUGACAUGUUUUUUUGUCGCAGCCUGUUUCUUCCAUAUCCUAAUCUUUUGUAAAAUUAUGGUUUCGUAGGUGAUUGAAAUUAUGAAGGCCAUGUGUUUAUCUAACAUGUAAGAUAUAAAGAUUUGUUAUUGUUGUCAAAAAGUACGUAUGAAAAACAUACAACCCCUGCUGAUAUUAGCAAAAUAUUUUUAAAAAUUUGAAAAUAUUGCAAGCCUUGGACUGACAACACAUUUAUGACCCAUACUCUACAGCUGUGAUCUUUUGACAUUAAUUUAUUAUCAGCCAUUCUUUGCCUAUUUUAAUACUAGUCUUGAAAUUAAAAAAAGAACAUUAUUUAUAGGUCAGUUACAAUAAAGUAGUUUUGGUAAGAGGUUUCUGGAAUAAUUUGAAGUCCCAGUGCAAAUAUGGUGUAUUAUAAAUCGAAACAUGGACAAGUUCAUUAUAGAAAUUUAGCAGGAUAUGGGUUAAGAAAUGUGAGACUGGUCUUCGGGCUUAUCUUAUUAGCUGUGAUUAUUCCUGAUAUUACAGUCUGUAAUCAGUUUUGAUUUUUUUUUUUUAGAUAAAUGUUGUUGUGGUGGUGCCAUAAUAAAGCUCGAAGUGGUUAAUAUAUCACUUCUAUUUUGUAAUUAUUAAUGAUUUUACGAGAUCAUCCUGUGGAUGUGAAGGGUGAAGUGAAGCAUUUUAGGCUGCGAUUUUUUACAACAAAUUCUAAAAGAUAUUUUACAGUAAACUACAGGAGGAGAUAUAGUUAUCUUACUGAAAUUGUGAGACCUUGUCCGUACAGGAGAUACUUGAUGAGUGACAUUGCAACUUGAUUCUUCCAUUACUUCUUUUUUCUACAUCUUAAUUCAUGUACAUGUGACUUGCUUUUCUUUCGUCCAACUUAAUAUUAGUUAUUUAUUUUUUUUACUUUGUUUCAAUACGGGUGAUAAAAAAACAGAAUUACUUUAUUUAGAUGUCCCAGUAUUUGUAGUGUGAUUUGUUUAAUUUAAGUUUUAUUACAUAAUCCUGUGUUUCAUGUCAUUUCAAAUGAUAUUUUUCAGUGUGACUCACACUGGAGGUACAUGUGUAUAUAAUAGAUCAUAAUGUGUACCAUACACUUCAGAAAUACAUAGCAGAUGUACAUAACUUUCUCUGAGAUAUGUUUUAAAUGCACAUACUGUAUGAUUAGUUAAGACUAGGUCUAGAUAGCUUUUAUCUUGCCAAAAAUAAAUAAAAUGAAAUUAUUAGAUAUAUCAAUGUCUUUAAUACUCACAUAAAAGCCAGGCCACGUAAAGUAUUACCACAUCAUUUUGCAAGUCUGUUGGAUUAUUUAUUAUUCUUAAUGCAAAUGGAAUUAGAAUGCGGCCAGCUGUGAUAGUUAACAUUAUAUAUUAAAUUUCUGUAUAUUUACAAGAACACUGUAGAAACAUAGAUAUUGCGCUUGUCCUAGAAAUAUGAAUCCAGUGCAUAUGCAUGCAUGUCUUUAGAAGCCUGGAUAAGGUGCAUGACUUUAAAAGCCUGGAUAUAGUGCAUAUCCUAGAAGCAUUAACAAGAAGCAUGUCCUAGAAACAUGGAUAAGGUACAUGUCCUAGAAACAUGCAGAUAAAGUGCAUGUCCUAGAAACAUGGACACAUGCAUGUCCUAGAGGCAUGGAUAAGGUGCAUGUCCUAGAAACAUGGAUAAGGUACAUGUCCUAGAAACAUGCAGAUAAAGUGCAUGUCCUAGAAACAUGCAGAUAAAGUGUAUGUCCUAGAAACAUGGACAGAUGCAUGUCCUAGAGGCAUGGAUAAGGUGCAUGUCCUUGAAACAUGGAUACGGUACAUGUCCUAGAAACAUGGAUAAGGUGCAUGUCCUAGAGGUAUGGAUAAGAUGUAUCUCUUAGAGGUAUGUAUAAGGUGUAUGUCCUAGAGGUAUGGAUAAGGUGCAUGUCCUAGAGGCAUGGACAUGCCUGUCUUAGAAACAUGGAUAAGGAACAUUUCCAAGAGGUAUGGAUAAGAUGCAUCUCUUAGAGGUAUGGAUAAGGUGUAUGUCCUAGAAGCAUGGAUAAGGUACAUGUCCUAGAGGCAUGGACAUGCAUGUCUUAGAAACAUGGUACAUGUCCUAGACUCCUAGAGGUAUGGAUAAGGUGUAUGUCCUAGAGUAAUUUCUGACAUUGGAAUUCAGGACAUACUUGUUCCCUUUUUUUCAGUAUUUUUGAGUGUUACUAAAUAGAGAUAUGUUUACCAAAUUUUUCCAAUCUUUGUCUGAAAUGUACAGAUAUCUGCAUGUUAAAAGAGAAAUGUUUAUUGUGUAUCACUUAUUUAUGUUUUACUUGUAUCCUGUUUAUAUAUUUAUGUUGAUGUACCAAAAGUAAGUUGCUUUAUUACAUACAUGUGAACCUAUACAAUAGCUGAUGUGGAUACAUAAUCAUGGAAAUCACUUCUGUCUCUAGUACACACAUAAUGAAAAUACUACGAAAAGAACAAAUGAAUCUUUUUUUAAAAAAUGAGUUAACUGUACAGACUUAGCAAGUUAAAUGAAAAAAUGUUUUAUUCUGAAGUUCAAAAUUUUCUUUUGAAAUUUCAGAUGAGGUUAAAUGAGAUUUUCCUUAAUGUUUUUGAUUGGAUAAUCUCUAAAAGAAGAAAGACAUAAUAUGCAUGUUGAAAAUUCUGUAUUGAUUGGAAAUGGCAUGUUCGUGAUUUUAGUUUUCACAAUUUGGUAUGUUGAAAAACUGUGCUUAGGUUGUGUAAAUCAUGAUUCAGUUGUAUAGAUUCACAUGGUUGUUAUUUUCUGUUAGUAUUUUUGCAUAGUUACAUAAUAUCUUUAAGAAUUUGGAAUGUAACAAUUUAAGUUUGUUGCCAAUCUGUUAGUUAGACAAACAAUUUCUUGUAAACUAAAAUGUGUUAUUGAUCUCAUUAUCCAAAUGAGCCGUGCCAUGAGAAAACCAACAUAGUGGGUUUGCGACCAGCAUGGAUCCAGACCAGCCUGCGCAUCCGCGCAGUCUGGUCAGGAUCCAUGCUGUUCGCUUUCAAAGCCUAUUGUAAAUAGAGAAACUGUUAGCGAACAGCAUGGAUCCUGACCAGACUGCGCGGAUGCGCAGGCUGGUCUGGAUCCAUGCUGGUCGCAAAGCCACUAUGUUGGUUUUCUCAUGGCACGGCUCAAAUGAAUGUAAUUCAUUCCAACAAAAGUAAAAGCACAACAUACAUUAAUCAUAAAUAUUUCAUUCCUGCAACUUGUAUGCAAAUAUUUUGAUAUACAUUUAUCAUUGUUCAUUAAAACCGAUCUAAUACGCUGUUUAUUUUGUGAUACUUGAAACACGACAUUUGUCAGGUGUGUGAAUGCAGCUUGUGUUGUAAUUCAUGUAAAUGCAAAAUCUACAGCAUGUAUUUACGGAAAUAAAUUGUUGAUGAAUGUUGGUCAGUUACAAACUCAUGAACCAACAUUUCUUCAAAAUUUACAAACUUUCCAAAAUUGAUUGCAUUUAAAUAAAAAUCAUUAUCGAUGCAUUUGUGUCCAAAAUAGACAUGCUUCAAAAAUCUUUUUUUGAAGCAUGGUUUCACCAUAAAACCAGUUAACAUUCAGUUGUUUUGGAAUGGUCAAAUCACAGAAUAUCUACCAGGCAGACUGUGUUAGGAGAUCCUCGUGUGACAGCAAUAGUUUAAUUAUUUCAAUCAUGUCAACAACACAAAAAAAUAUCUCAAACUUUUUACAGUUGAAUAUAUGCAACAAAGCAUGCUGCAUAAAGUAUCACACAAAAAAAUGAAUGUUGCACUUUUACUUUUCUUGAGAGUACAUUUUGUUUUCCCAGAAAGCAUUGAUAUAUUGGACCAAUAUUGGCAAACUGAUCUAUGUUUAUAAUAUUGGUCAGACAUUUAGCCAAUUCCAGACAUCAGCAUCUAACCACUGUCUGUUAGGAAAAAACAGUUCUGUCAGUUUUGCAAAGCUGAUAUGGGCUGAUCAUGAAAACAGUAUUGGUCUGAUAUUGGUCUAACAUGAAAAUGCUUACUGGGUUGUUUGUAAAUCAAUGAUAGAUAUAAGUGCCAAUGUGUGAAAUGUGCACUGUACUUUACAUUGAAAUGCAAAGCUGUCAAUUUGUAGCUUCUUGUUAAGAUGAAACUGUUUAAUGGCAUUCUGAAAUACAGCCAAUGACAAUACCUACCUCUUGGCAAUGACAAUAAAUUGGUAGAAAAUAAGGUUGCAAGUCAACAUCAUUAAGUUACAGUGAGUCAACAUCAUUACGUUACAGUGACUUCAGUCUAAAAUUUUAAUCAGAUUGUAGUUUUUUCUGAGUAGAAUAUUAUAGUUUUCCUAGCAAACUACAAAUCAGCGUGACCAACCCACACUGGUUUAGUCCUUAUUAAAAAAAGAAUAAUUGUCAAAAAAAAAAUAUCUUUAAGUACAAUCUAUAAAACUGUCAUUUGUUUUGUUGUAGAGGAAAGAUGAGUCAUGAAUUUGUAAAGAAAGAAACAGUUAUGUGCAGUAAAUGUAAUGACAUUGUAUUUAUAAAGCAGUCAGAGAAAGACAUAUUUUCAUGUUCUCAAACAGGACAAAAACACCAGUCUGAAACAAUUUAGAUCACAAACAAAACUGUCUUCUGUUUAGUACAAGUCCUCAUAGUUGACAGCAAAAUGAUACAACCAAAUCUGCAUACUCAGUCUUUGAUAUUUAAUUUCAACAACAAUUUGGCAAGACUUUUUAGAGUGAAAGCUACCAGGAAAAAAUAUUAAUAUAAUAGGGUUAUUAUAACAGUAGCUCAAUCUGGGAUGCUGUAUUCGGCUUGAGUGGAUUUUUGCCAGAUCUGAUCUCACGAGGCGCGCAAGCACCGAGUGUGAUCCAACCUUGCAAAAUCCACAAGAGCCGAAUACAAAAUCCCAGAUCUAGCUACUGUUAUAAUGACCCUUUUAUUAUAUACCUUUACCUUUUUUGUUUGUUUUGUUAUGAAACGAAAUCUUAAAUGUUUAUCAAUAUUAAAUGGAACUAGGUGAAGUUUUUAUGUGCGCUAUUUAUAGAACUGUGUCAGGUCAUGCAUAUUAAUGAAAGUAGUCCAACAGCAUACAAUACAAAAGAUACAAUACGGAAUUUAAAACAUACAAUACGGAUUUUUUUCUGCCGGUUCAUAUUUAAUUGUGAAAUACAAGCCAAUUUUUUUUUACAGAAUUUAUAUAGGUAUAUAAUAAAAUGCAUGUAUUAUACGUCAUUUAAGUACUUGGCUUUUUAGUCAAUGUGAUCAGCAUGAUGACUAAACAUGAUUGAUUUGGGCCGAUGUCAUUUUUUUCAGUGACACUACAAGUAUGAUGUAAAUAAAAAACCUAACAAUUAAAUGCAGCACGUCAGUCCAAAGUUAUGCUUUUUACAGACAUGGCAGUUUUGUACAAAAAAAACAAAACAGUAUUGAUAUGGGCUUCACUUCUGGUCAUUCAACUUUUUGGGGUAAAUGCCUAGUCCAUAUAUUAGCAUAUGAACCUCAUUGUCAUGUAUUAUUUUCUAAAUAAGGUAUGAAUGCAGACCAUUGUAAAAAAUAAAUCUGGCAUAUUGUAAACAGUUCAUCAAGUUUGUAAGGCACUUUUUGAAAUUCUGUGUCUGUAUUCUUGUGUUGUCAAAAAUAUUUUCACAUUUAAAUGUAUGGAUUUAUGUUUAUUUAUAAGUACUGUAUAUGUAUAUAAUCAUAUCUUAUAUAAAUUGACAUCACAAAUUUACACACUAUUGUGCCAUCUUAUUUAAUGGCUGGAAAAUAAAAAGUAAUUACUAUAA